UUACAUUCUACAUUUGUUUUUCUUACAGGUGUUAAUAGCAGCUGCCGUGUGUACGAAAGCAGGGAAAACAAUCGUUUCCCGACAGUUUGUCGAAAUGACGAAAGCCCGCAUCGAAGGAUUGUUGGCCGCGUUUCCGAAGCUGAUGACUUCAGGCAAACAGCACACAUUCGUAGAGACGGAUUCGGUGCGCUACGUCUACCAACCUCUGGAAAAGUUAUACAUGUUGCUUAUCACCACGAAGGCAAGUAACAUCCUGGAAGAUUUGGAAACGCUGCGCCUAUUCUCGAAGGUAAUUCCCGAAUACUGUCGGUCGUUGGAGGAGAAGGAAAUCAUCGAGAAUGCGUUCGAUUUGAUCUUCGCGUUCGAUGAAAUCGUUGCGCUGGGAUAUCGGGAGAGCGUCAAUCUGGCGCAGAUAAAAACAUUCGUCGAGAUGGAUUCGCACGAGGAGAAGGUGUACCAGGCGGUACGGCAAACGCAGGAACGAGAGGCGAAGCAAAAGAUGCGUGAACGUGCGAAGGAACUGCAGCGUCAGCGUAUGGAGAUGAAGAAGGGUCAAUCGGGAGGUCGUGGUGGAGUCGGUGGUGCCGGUGGAUUCGGUAACAGCUUUAGCAGCAGUGGUGGUAUAUCUAGUGACAGCAUCUCUUCGCUAAGUACACCGUCGGCUAACAUCGCUGAAAUUAACAAGCCAGCACCAGCUGCCGCUAAAUCUGCCGCGCCGCGUAAUGCCCUAAAAUUGGGAGGAAAAACGCGCGACGCGGACACAUUCGUAGAUCAGCUCAAGAACGAAGGAGAAAAGGUGGUUUCUACUCCAUUGCCAACUGCGGCAUCGUCGGCUUCUGCCAAAGCGAAGCCUGUUUCGGAUGUACCAAUGGAUUCUGUUCAUUUGCGCAUGGAGGAUAAGGUGGUCAUUCGUAUCGGGCGCGAUGGAGGUUUGCAAACGUUUGAGCUGUCCGGUUUGCUUUCGUUGCGCAUAUCGGACGAAAAGUAUGGCCGCAUCAAAGUGCAGCUGGAUAAUACGGAUCAGCGCGGUAUUCAACUGCAAACGCAUCCGAACGUGGACAAAGAGCUGUUUCGAAGCGCGAAUCAGAUUGGGUUGAAAAAUCCGGCCAAACCAUUCCCGCUGAACACGGAUGUAGGCGUUUUGAAGUGGCGCUAUCAGACACAGGACGAGUCCGCCGUGCCACUGACCAUCAACUGUUGGCCAUCGGAAAAUGCGGAAGGCGGUUGUGACGUGAAUAUUGAGUACGAGCUGGAACAUACUCGAUUGGAGUUGCAGGAUGUGUGCAUUACGAUUCCAUUACCAAUGGGUAUUACACCAUCGAUUGCCGAGUGUGAUGGUGAUUACAAUCACGACUCGCGAAAAAAUCAACUGCUGUGGAACCUACCGGUUAUUGAUGCUUCCAGCAAACAGGGCUCGAUGGAAUUCAGCGUACCCAGCUCCAUUCCGGGUGACUUUUUCCCACUUGAUGUAACAUUUUCGUCCAAAAUUCCCUACGCCGAGCUAGCGCCCGCUAAAGUAAUGCUGGUGGAUGACGGUAGCGAUGUGAAGUUCUCGACCGAAACAGUUUUCUAUACGGAUAAGUUUGAAAUAGUUUAAAAUGUGAACCGAA